CCCCAUUUGCCCUAAAUUGGUCAUCUUCUUCUUCUUCCUCUUCCUCUACUUUAACCUAAUUUUCCUCAAUAGAAUCAAAAGCUUGAGUGGUUUCAAAAUGGCAUCCAAAAGAAUAUUGAAGGAGCUUAAAGAUUUGCAGAGAGACCCACCAACUUCUUGCAGUGCAGGUCCCGUGGCUGAGGAUAUGUUCCAUUGGCAAGCAACCAUUAUUGGUCCUAAUGAUAGUCCCUAUGCUGGUGGGGUUUUCCUUGUCACCAUUCAUUUCCCUCCUGAUUAUCCCUUCAAACCUCCAAAGGUUGCCUUCAGGACAAAGGUGUUUCAUCCAAAUAUAAAUAGUAAUGGCAACAUAUGCUUAGAUAUUCUAAAGGAACAAUGGAGUCCUGCCCUCACAAUAUCAAAGGUUUUGCUCUCAAUUUGCUCUCUAUUAACUGAUCCAAACCCAGAUGAUCCACUGGUUCCAGAGAUUGCUCAUAUGUGCAAGACUGACAAACUCAAGUAUGAAUCCACUGCUAGGAGCUGGACCCAAAAAUAUGCAAUGGGCUGAAAAUUAUAAAACCCCAUAUUACAAAAUAUAUAGAAAAAUCAAAUUUUUCUAAAAACUUUUUUUUUUAAUUAUUGAUUAUUGAAUCCUUUCCCUUGGAGAAAUGUACUGAUAUGGCCUUAAAACUAUAGGGCAUUGGAACAUCAUAUUAUUCAAGCACCUAUUUGCUUUAGAAUAAUUAAUAAUGGGAUACUAAUAAUAUAUAUGUCACAAAACUUUGGAGCUAGAAUUUAA